UACAAUUUUUUAAAAUUGCUUUUUUUUUACUAAUUUUACAAAAAGAAAAAACAAAAAUAAAACAGAAAAAUAUAUAGAAAAUAUAAUAAUAAUAAUAAGUUUCAAAAAAGUUUUUAAGGUUCCUAUUAAAUGUUUUAUUUAAAACAAAUAUAAAUAAAAGUACAAUAAAAGAAAAACAAGUUUCUUCUAAGCAAAGUCCACCAGUGAAACAUAGUAUCAUCGAGGACAUUCAUCAUUAUAUCCAUCGAAAGUAUACGAAUUUUUGUGCUCGAACAUAACGGAAACGGUUACUCUGACACGUUCUUUGUAUGCAAACACACGCACUACACACAAAUGCAGACACACUAUUCGUAUACCUCGCAUUUAUCUAUCAAGUUGGAAUUUAACCAUACACUCGUGGAUACACCGACGACGUCUUGCAUAGAAAUCGAAAAGAAAGUUGAAUGAAAACUGUGGAUUCUCUUCUCCCCACCACCUCUUCACCCCUAUCGACUGACACUCUAUUAAAGUGACAAGUUUUUAAGUAACAAAUUUAAAUUUGGUCUAAAAUGCGAAUUAAAAUGCCUGCAGUUAGGAUUGCGCAAGAUUCUGACUCCACAGAAGCAGAUGGCACUGCUCAGGAUAUGCUAACAUGCGGUACUUGUCAAAAAGUAUUUGCACUCUGUGACAUAGUCAAAUUCAUACAGCAUAAAGUUUUGCAAUGCAAUAAGGAGAACUAUGGCCAGUGUUCCACUCAAGGUCCCUCCAAUGACAGAGCUGAUACCGAAGAUGGAAGACCUCUGAGUCUGGCCAAUCGACGUCCAUCAUUAUCGGCACCCACCCGUAAACCAUCUGGUGGUUCUCGCAUUCACACGCCACCACCUAGUCCAGCGGACAUGUUGGCCGAUGGUGCAUCUAGUACACCAAAGCGUUUAGUAGAUGAAAACGACAACACUACACCCAAAAAUACAGAGUCCACUUGCGAUGAUCUUAAAUCCUGCAAUACAGCCGUUAUCAAGCAAGAACUUGAUCAUGACGAUAACGAUGUCGAAAGUACGGAAUGUAACAAUGACACAGAUGAUUGCCAACCUCUGACAAAACGUCCUAAGAUAGAGUUUGUUGAUGCUGAAUCAAAUACUUUACAAACAGAACCCAGCAAUUAUACAUGUUCGACAUGCAAAACGAGAUAUACUUCGGCAUGGCGUUUAAUCCAACAUGUACAACAUUCGCAUGGAGUGAAAAUCUAUGUUGAAUUUUCGUCAUCAGCUGACCCAACGCAUUUGGUGUCCGAAACGACAACGAUGCCUGCGCAACAGAGAGAAAAUAACUCCAAUAACACCAGCAGUAGCAGUCAUAGUAGCUCGGUAUGCAUAACAUCGCCCAUUAAUGUUAGUAGUCAACAACAACAACAACAGCAGCAACAACAUCAACACCAUCAGCAGCAACAACAGCAAAUACAACAUCAAUUGCAGCACAGAGCUGCUGCAGUUGCAGCAGCAGCUGUUGCCGCUGAACAACAUAAACAACAGCAGCAAAAUAAUUUGACAACAGCCAUGCAAAAUGCUCAAAAUUUGGCUGCUGCCGCCGCUGCGGGAAUGCGGCAUCACCCUUUGUUACCACCACCUGAUAUGCAUUCUGCAAAUCCAUUCAAUUUAUUGCGAAUGCCUUUGCCGCCAAAUCUUGCUCAGGGAUCAGUGGUUCCUACAGUUUCUCCUCUUUUCUCGCGUCCUCAUACCGAUCAUUAUCGCAUGGAGCAGCUAGUAUCGGAGCAAUUUCGGCAUCAUGGUCUCAAUCUAGCAGCCGCAGCAGUCGCUGCUGCCAACUCACUUGCUGGACCUCAUACGCCAACAUCACAAUUCAACCAAAGUUCUAAUGUCUCAUCCGUGGGUUCAGUAGAGGCAAGACCGCCAUCGAGUAACAGCUGUCACCGUGGUUCGACAACGCCUUCUUCACUACCGCUGAUUGCCGCGCAACAGCAGACUUCAAAUGCUGGAGCACAGCAAUCUAAUUCGCUUUCAAUGGAACCUCAGAUGGAUUUUUACUCGCAGCGAUUGCGUCAGCUUGCAGGAACAACAAGUCCUGGAGCUGGAAACAUUGUUAACUCGAGCUCGCCGAGUCCACGACAAAAGCAAUCGCCGAACUUCGCGAGCCCAUCUCCGUCACAUCAACUCCCACCUACCCCAGUCACAAAUAACACUCGUCCGCAUUCCCUAACACCACCUGAAAAAAGCAAUAUCGUGUCGGUAGAAAAUGGAACGACAUUAAACACAACACCUCGCUCUGCAUCCACGCCUCCCUCAAAGCCCAGUCAGGAAUCAGCGGUUAGUGCAUCUGUUUACACAUGCGCCUAUUGCGACAAAAAGUUUCGUUUUGAAAACAACCUUAUCAUUCAUCAGCGAACUCAUACCGGCGAAAAGCCAUACAAAUGCACUGCCUGCGAUUUUGAGUGCUCACAUAUUCAAAAACUUAUGAAACACAUGCGAGUACACCGCAGUCCCAUGGAAGAUGGACUAAGCAACACAGGGUCGGUAGAGACAAAUGAAUGUGACACUGAGCCAGAACAUGAUGCAGAAGAAAAUCCUGAUGAUGAAAUGAACGAAGAUGAAGACGAAGAAAUGGAUGAACAAGACGAAAUAGACUAUGAAGCUGAAGAUCUUAGUGUUAGCAAUAAUCGUUUAGAUAUCAAAAAUGAUAACCCUAAGGGAGCCUCUUCGGUCGCCCCUACAUCCUUAGUUGGUGAGCUAAUGGACAAAUUUGGUUUAUCCAACAUCGCUCAGUAUUCGGAAGCCUAUAAACAGGCUCUGCAAGAAUCGGGAAAUUUUAAGCAACUUACCAAAGAUCUUGAUAACAAUAACUCCACUAACUCUCCAAUGCAUCAGAUGGCUGACAAACUAAAUGGAUUUCCCGCUGCUUUACGUCUCAGGGAGGAGUUUGCAAAAAAUAUGUUCCAGAAACCACCACAACAACAAGACUCAAACCUUCCUCAAUCGCAAGUUCCAAUUUUCAACCCUUUUCCCAAUCCCUUCGAACUCUCAAAACGGAUGAAAAUGGAUGGAAACGAAUGGUGGAAUAUGCAAGCCCUGCAUCGCAAUGAUUCACUUUUCGAAAAUCUCAAACUUAAGCCGCUUGGUCUGGGUACGGCCAAUUCAUUACUGACUCAAAACCCUUUAAUGAAAAAGGAGAGCCGUCAACGCAAUGACACAUGUGAGUUCUGUGGUAAAGUGUUCAAGAACUGUUCCAAUCUUACCGUCCACCGCCGCAGUCACACUGGCGAAAAACCAUACAAAUGUGAACUUUGCUCCUACGCCUGUGCACAGAGUUCCAAGCUUACACGCCACAUGAAAACACAUGGCCGAACUGGUAAGGAUGUGUAUCGCUGUCGUUUCUGUGAUAUGCCUUUCAGCGUCCCAUCCACAUUAGAAAAACACAUGCGCAAAUGUGUGGUCAAUCAGGGUAAGGCAGCCGCAGCUGCAGCCAAUGCUGCCAAUGCCGUUGUUGCUGCACAGGCUGCAGCAGCUGCGCAACUUCAAAAUCAAAUGCCCUCACAGCAGCUUUCCUCCCCACCUACAAAUGCCUCAUUUCCUCCACAUUUUACCAACAUGGCCGGCAGCACAAUUUCCUUGCCCAGCAGUAUUGGCGAUAAUGAUUCCAAUGCCUCCACAAGUGUAUCUUCCCAGCACGCCAUAUCACUAAAACACGAGGCAUGACUUUAUCAUAAUUGGAACAACAGUUCUGGUAACUUCAACUCUCCGACAGUUGUUCUGCAGCCACAGCAACACCUGUUGACACCUCCACAGCAUCACCAUCUUCAACAUUCUCUUCCAACAGUGAAUCGCAUUUUGUCACGUAUCUUCUAAAGAUAUUUGUCCAUACUUUAGUGAAUUCUUGUAAAUAUAAUGUUGUUUUCUGAGAAUAUUCGAUAUUCGGAAUGUCCGGAACACCUGAGCUCACUUUAUAAAAGAAAGAGCUGGCCCAUUUUUUUAUAUAAACCUUAACUAUAUGAAAAAUAAAUGAUCCACGAUCGAGUAUCCCUGUGGGUACUGCUGUAUCUCGUUCUCUCUCGUUCGCAAUAAAACGCCAAUGAAAAUGCACAACUUUAAUCAUCCAGCAAUGUAAAACACCUCUGCUGAAAGACCUCAAACUGAACGAGUAAUGCUCCACCACACCCAAUAAUGUUCUUGUAUUUUAUUUGUUUGUUUUUUUUUAUUAUUUUUAAUUAUUACCCAUUAAAAACUAUUAGCUAAUAUAUAAUCCCAGUGAAGUUAAGUAGAAAUUUUUAAAUAUUUAGGAGAAUCUUAAAUGGAAAGGAGGCAAACAAAUUGUACGAGUAGUACUCGUUCAUAUUUGAAAUAUUUUCAUCCUCAAUACAUACAUAUGUGUUACCUCCGAAUGUUGUGAUCGAUGAGAAAAUCAAAAAAUAGCGAAUACUACGCAUUGACCUCUUCUUCAAAAGGUAAAAUAAAUAACAUGA